AUGAACACCAGAACGAGUUUGGCUGUUAUCCUGCUUGCGCUUUGCUUCCAUGGCUCCCUUUGCUUCCUGCCAGCAGGGUUUGCUGGUUUUCAGCGGCACGCAUGCAGAUCGUCUUCGAUGAGAUCUGCUGCCGCGAGGAGGGUGACAAUCAUGUCGGACAAAGAAGACUUCCUCAACCGUGACAUCGGUGGCUUCACGCAGAAGCAGAGGUUCCGAGAGGAGAUUGAGUCUCCCUUCCGCAAGAUUCGCCUCUUUCUUUUCCCGGCUGCAGCAGCCUCCGCAGCUCUCGGCGCCUUCAUCGCAGGUACAAGGCUGCUGGCGAUCAGCACUGGCGUCACGGGCUACGACUUCGACCAGACCCUUCAGAACUUCGGCAUUGACGUGCUGGGAGCGACGGGCUUCGCUCUCCUCUACUGGAACGACCUCAACGCACGCGACCGAGACCUCGUCCGCAUCGCUCGCUCCGGCAAGCUCUCCACCCUCACCCUCAAGAUCGUCAGCGAGACCGGGAGGGAGGCGAGCUUGCCCAUGAAGGCCUUCCGGAAGCAGAGGAGGAUAGCUAUCAUAGCAGGAGGGAAAGAUGUUGUGCAGGUGGCGCGUGAGAUGGCCAGGGCGGGAGCCGAGGAUCUGACAAAGGUGGGAGCCAUCGUGCUUCCCCUCCAGCUCGACCAAGUCGGCGAGCUCGACCCAGCAGAGGUCGAGGGACUGAGAAGAGCCGUUGGAGUCCCGGAGGCCGCGGAAGGGAAGGAAGAGGCGGACUCCGAGUCUCUCCUCCCCUGUCUGGCUGCUCCGCUCUUUGUUGAGAAGUGGAAGGAUUGGAUCCAAGACGAGCAGAAGCGUGCUGUAGACCAGGGGCUGGAUCUCAAGAACGGCAUCACGAUCUACGUUGAGAGGAGCGGAUACAUCAAGAAGCGAUCCGCCGGAAUUCCCUCCUGGAGAACUUUAGCUGAGGAUACCAAGGCACGGAAUCGCCCUUACGGGAUGCCGGAGUUCUUCUAG